UUUUUUUGUUUUUUUUUUCAAUAAUUGAUACAAACAUUAUAAAUAGUUAUAACAACAAUUUGUAAUUUUAUUUAUUGUUUAAUUAAUUAACUUGAUUAAAAAAAAUAUAUAUUUUUAUUUAAAAAAUAAAAUUUUAAAGUGAGAUUUAGCUUCUUUUUAUUGGAUUAGAAGUAAUUAACUUCAGUUUUCAUAUUUAUACAGUGAAAUUUUUUAUAAAAAAUGGAUAACACCGAAAUUAAACUAAAACAAAGUCCACUUAAAAAUGCAAAUAUCAUCAGUAAACUUAAUUUUUGGUGGUUAAGAAAAUUAUUAUGGCACGGAGUAAAGAGAGAUUUGCAGAUGACCGAUUUAUUUGAACCAUUGGAAAGAGAUAAAUCUCAUUAUGUAGGGAAUAAGUUAGAAAGAGAAUGGGAUAAAGAAUUGGAAAAAAUGAAAUUAAUAGAAUACGAAUUAAAAGAGAAUGAUGGGAAAAAAGUGAAGAAAAAACGAAAAAUGCCAAAUUUAACAUGGGCAUUAAUUCGAUGUUUCAAAUGGGGUUUAAUGGUGCACGCAUUUUUCCUACUGAUUUUUAUUCUUAUUUUGCAAACAUUUUUGCCAGUUCUUCAAAAAUGGGUGAUAGGAUAUUUUAAAGAUGGUGAAACAGGUGGAACGGAAACAAAAGAGGAAGCAUUAAGUUACGCUGCUGGAUUAGUGAUUUUUAUUUAUCUCAAUGCUGCUUUUUUGCAUCAUACUAAUCAAUUUUCUCAGCAUAUGGGCAUGAGAGUUAGAGUAGCAUGUUCUGCUUUAGUUUAUAGAAAGCUUUUAAGACUUAGUAAAUCUGCUCUUGAUAAAACAGCAGCUGGACAAAUAGUAAAUCUUCUUAGUAAUGAUGUUGGUCGUUUUGAUUUGACACUAAUGUACCUUCAUAAUAUUUGGAUAAUGCCUUUUCAAGUGGUAAUUGUUGCCUUUAUUAUGUGGCAAUACGUAGGAUAUUCGACUCUUGCAGCACUUGCAACUGUUAUUGUUCUCUCUGCACCAGUUCAAGUUAGUCUUUCCUAUAUUGGCAAUAAAUUAAGAACAAAAAUAGCCCCAUUAACCGACAAAAGAGUUCAACGUAUGAACGAAUUAGUUCAGGGCAUUCAAGUGGUAAAAAUGUACGCAUGGGAAAAAUCAUUUGAAAAAAUGGUCUCACUUCUUCGUGCCAAGGAAGUAUUGAAUUUAAUGUAUAUGGCAAUUGUACGUGCAACAUAUUUAAGUGGUAUUGUUUUCACUGAAAGAGCAAUAUUAUUUGUCACAUUGACAGUAUUUGUUUUAACGGGCAAUAUACUUAAUUCUGAAAUAAGUUUCACUAUGGCUGUUUAUUGUAAUAUUUUACAAAGAGCCAUGUCAAUUUACAUACCAAAUGGUUUACAAUUUUUAUCCGAAAUGUUAGUAUCAAUAAAACGUUUAGAAAAUUUUCUUCUACUUGAAGAAAUAAGUCCAAUUACAAAUAGUAUUGAUUGGAAAAAUAAUUAUGAUAAAAAUAAUAAAAUUGAAUUUCAUAAUAAUGAUAUUUUCUAUUAUGGUAAAAAUAAUGAGAAUGGUAAAAAAAUUUCACAUGAAAUUAUUGAAAAUAAUCCUGUUAAAGUUGAAUUAAAUAGAGCGUGUGCCAAUUGGAUAGUGGGUCAAUUACCACCGACACUUUGUAAUGUUUCAUUAAAAGUACCACAGGGACAACUUUGUGCACUUGUUGGUCCAGUUGGUUCGGGAAAAUCGGCAAUAUUACAUCUUCUUAUGAAAGAAUUACCCCUUGGUGCAGGAAGUGUUUCACUUCGACAAAAUUAUAAAAAUGGCGAUACAGAAAAUGAAAUAUUUCGCGGUUUUUAUAUUGAUAAUCCAAAUAUAAAAAUUUCUUACGCAAGUCAAGUGCCAUGGAUAUUUACCGGUACAAUAAGGGAGAAUAUUUUAUUUGGUAAUACCUAUGAUAAAAUUCGUUACGAUGAGGUAACAAAAGUUUGUGCAUUGAGGCCUGAUUUUAAACAAUUUGCAUACGGUGACAUGACACAUGUUGGUGAUCGUGGUGCAACACUUUCCGGUGGUCAAAAAGCACGUGUUAAUUUGGCAAGGGCAAUUUAUAGAGAAGCCGAUCUUUAUCUUUUGGACGAUCCUUUAAGUGCCGUUGAUACACACGUUGGACAGGAUUUAUUUGAAAAAUGUAUUUUAGAUUAUCUCAAGGGAAAAACACGUAUUCUCGCAACACAUCAAAUACAUUUUCUAUCACGUGCCGAUAUUGUUGCUAUUAUCGAACGAGGUACCAUCAAAUAUCAAGGUUGUUACAAUGACAUACGUUCAUUAGACUCGGAAUUUAUGAAAGUUUUGGAAAGUCAAACGGAUGAUGAAUUAGCUGACACUGAACAAGAUGAACCAGAUGAAAUUUCAUCUAAAAGAAAAAUUAAAAAAUCCACAAGCAUCAGAAGACGAACAUACAGUCAAACAUCGAGAAAAUCAAAUACAUCAAAUUCGGAAUUGAAUACAACUUCUCAAGAUCAAAUUAAUAUUGUAACUGUUGAUAAAGAGGAAGAGGAGGAAAUGCAAAAGGGUUCAAUGGGUUUAAAAAUAUUUUAUCGUUAUUUAUCGUAUGCGGGAAAUUGUUGCACAAUACCAUUACUUGUAUUUCUUUUGAUACUCUCGCAAGCUGUUACAAGUGGUUCUGAUUAUUGGGUCAGUUAUUGGAAUCAAUUGGAGGCAUUGAGAAAUGAUAUUGAAAAUAAUAGAACAGCGGCAAUUAAAAAUGAAAAUCAUAUCUUUUCAUUUUUACAAUAUGAUAAAAAUGGCCUAUUAAGUACAACAAAUAGUAUUUAUAUUUAUGGUGUACUUUUAGCGUUGUGUAUGAUUAUUAAUUUUUUACGUGCAACAACAUUUAUUGGUACAUGCACCAUUGCUGGGAGAAAUUUACAUAAUUCCAUGUUUGCAAAUCUUUUACACGCAAGCAUGAAUUUUUUCGAUACAAAUUCAUCAGGGCGAAUUUUAAAUAGAUUUACCAAAGAUGUUGGUACAAUGGAUGAAUUAUUACCAAAUGCACUUGUUGAAGGAUUGCAAAUAUUUUUCGUCAUGUUGGGUAUUUUUGUUAUGGUAACAAUUGUCAAUUAUUGGAUGAUAAUUCCAAUUGUAAUAAUGAUGUUACUUUAUAAUCAAAUGAAAAAUUACUAUUUAAAAAGUGCGAGAGUACUUAGAAGACUCGAGGGUAUCAGUAAAAGUCCAGUAUUUUCAUAUAUUACAUCGAGUUUAAAUGGAUUAACAACAAUAAGAAGUUGUGGACCCGAAAUGGAAGUUCGCCUAAGACGUGAAUUUGAUUCACUUCAAGAUACUCAUACAAGUUCUUGGUCACUUAUUGUGGCAACAAUCAAUUGUCUUGGCUAUUAUCUCGAUUUGAUUGUUUGCGUUUUUAUUGCUUGCGUUACAUUCUCGUUAAUUUUGAUACAUGAAAGUAGUGGUGCCAAUGUUGGAUUAGCAAUAUCGCAAUCAUUAAUUUUAUCCGGUAUGUUACAAUACGGUGUAAGACGUCUUGCUGAAACAAUAUCGUACAUGACGUCAGUUGAAAGAAUUAUACAAUACACUGAUCUUCCACAAGAAAAGCCAUUGGAAUCAUCGACAUCAAUACAACCAACAUGGCCAACAAAGGGGCGAAUUAUUCUCAAAAAUAUUAAUUUAAAAUACAAAACAAAUGGUCCAGUUGUUCUAAACAACCUAAAUUUAGUGAUUGAAUCAGGAUGGAGAGUUGGUAUUGUUGGAAGAACAGGAGCUGGUAAAUCAUCAUUGAUAUCAGUUUUAUUUCGUCUUUAUAAUGAGGGUUUAGAGGGAGAAUUAAUAAUUGAUGGAGUUGAUACAAAAUUAGUUGGUUUACAAGAAUUACGUUCACGAAUAUCAAUAAUUCCUCAGGAACCUGUUUUAUUUUCGGAAAGUCUACGUCGUAAUUUAGAUCCAUUUGGCUUGUAUGCCGAUGAUCUUCUUUAUGAUGCAUUAAGAGAAGUGGAAUUAAGUGAUCUUUCAUUGGACAUGCAAGUAUCUGUUGGUGGCAGUAAUUUUAGUGUUGGAGAGAGACAAUUAAUUUGCCUAGCUAGGGCAAUAUUACGAAAUAAUAAAAUACUUUUGCUUGAUGAGGCAACUGCCAAUAUUGAUUCAUAUACGGAUAGUCUCAUUCAAAAAACUAUUCGAACAAAAUUCACUAAUUGCACUGUAUUAACAGUGGCACAUCGAUUGAAUACUGUUAUUGACAGUGAUCGAAUUGUUGUCAUGGAGAAAGGACACAUGGUGGAAUUUGGUUGCCCUCAUGAAUUAUUGACUGAUCAUCCAAAUGGAUAUUUUGCAAAAAUGGUACAAAAAACUGGUGAAACAACAGCAAGAAACCUUAUACAAUUAGCUGAAAUUGCAUGUCGACGAAAUAUGGUACAAAGAAGUCUCGAUCUAACACACGCGGAUUCAAUUGACAAUGACAGUGGUUUUGACAAUUUACAAACUACUAAAAUAUAAUAAAAAAAAAAAAAAAAAAUUCUAUAACACGCUGCUAGUCAAUAAUUUCCAUUUAUUCAAGAUUAUUUUGAAAAAAAAAAUAUACAACAAAAUUCUUUAACAUAAAUUAUUAUAUAAUUUUUAACUAUAGAAUUAUUAUAAAUAGAGAUUAGCUAUAUAUAAAAUAUUUAAGUGCAAAAAUAAAUUCAAAUUUUUUAAAUAAA